AUGAAGGUCUCCGACGUCGUCUCCCAAGCCAAGCUCGACAUGGCCGAGUCACAGAACCAGCGCGACGCUCGCGUCGAGGCUCUCUGGCGCAAGCUCGACUACCAGAACAAGGGCGAGCUCGACUGGCAAGCACUCCAGAAGGGCCUUAAGAAGAUUGAUCAUCCUAUGAAGAACGCCGAUGACAUGCUCAAGGCCAUCAUCAAGGUUGUCGACACCAACGGAGAUGACAAAAUCCAGUACGAAGAGUUUCGUGUCUUUGUCGAGGCUACAGAACGCCAGCUCUACUAUCUCUUCAGAGCCAUAGACCACGACCAGGAUGGAAAGCUCAACCAGGAAGAGCUCCAGACUGCCUUUCAGCGCGCUGGCCUAUCGAUCCCCAGACGCAGACUGUCUGAAUUCUUUGAUAACAUUGACCACAAUCGUGAUGGUUAUAUCACAUUCGAAGAAUGGCGUGACUUUCUUCUUUUCAUGCCCAAUGCUGACCCCACGACGACAUUGCGAGCCGUCUUCACAUUUUAUUCGGAUAUUCUGACUCUGACCUCCGAGGGCGAUUCGGUGGUCACUGGAGAGACAUUACAAGGCCUAGGUACGAGCGUAGCCUCUUUACUACAGACUUUCCUUGGUUCAAUCGUCCGGCUGGCCUCCCCUCACACCCAGUCGCCUUCCACGCCUCCUCCGCCGACCAAAACUGCGCCAUCCCAUCUUGCUGGUCAUUCUGCUGCAGACUAUUCAACAUCGGCAGCCUCAACAGUGCCGUCGCAUGACCAGAGCAAGAUGGCCGAUGCCUCGCAGCAAUCAGCGGCUCGAGCGAUCAACACGAGCCUUCGCUCGGCGACAGCCGUGCCACACGACCUGCCCCAAAGCCAGCAACCAUUCGCGGCCAAGCCCACUACAUCACCGUCUCAGCUCGAGCAAACUGAACAUGACAGCCCCAAGAAGGGCAAGAACAAGAAGCUGAUCAGUUUCCUACCUGACUCAGGCUACUUCGUCGCCGGAGCCGUCGCGGGAGGCAUUUCUCGGACCGCGACUGCCCCUCUGGAUCGGCUCAAGGUUUACCUUCUUGUCAAGACCGACUCGGGCUCAAAGGCAAAAGUUGCUCUCGACGCAGCCAAGAAAGGCCAGCCCGUCAAGGCUGCCAAGCGAGUCGGCGGACCGUUGUUGACAGCCAUCACGGAACUGUACAAAUCCGGAGGAGUUAGAGGCUUCUUUGCUGGUAAUGGACUGAAUGUGGUCAAGAUCAUGCCAGAGACAGCGAUAAGAUUUGGUGCGUACGAAGCGGCCAAGAAGACCAUGGCGCGCAUCGAGGGCCACGAGGAUCCCACCCGCAUCACAUCCUACUCCAAAUUCAUGGCUGGUGGUUUGGCAGGCAUGGUUUCACAAUUUUGUGUAUACCCGCUUGACACCCUGAAGUUCAGACUUCAAUCCGAGUACGUCGAAGGGGGGGCGCGCGGAAAUCAGCUCCUAGUGCAAACUGCACGCAAGAUGAUGUCUGAGGGAUUCACGAAAUCAGCAUACCGUGGUGUGACUAUGGGUCUCAUCGGCAUGUUUCCCUACUCCGCCAUCGACAUGGGCACAUUUGAGCUUCUGAAGAAGACAUACGUGUCCUACAAAGCAAAACAACUCGGCUGUCACGAGGAGGAUACUAGACCAAGCACGUUUGCCACAGGCAUCAUGGGCGCUUCCUCUGGAGCGUUUGGCGCCACGGUCGUGUAUCCCCUCAACGUCUUACGCACCCGUCUGCAAAGCCAGGGCACUAGCAUGCACCCUGCUCGCUAUACGGGCAUCUGGGAUGUGGCCCAGAAGACGUACAGGAACGAGGGCAUCCGCGGCAUGUACAAGGGCUUGGCCCCGAACCUUUUCAAAGUCGCCCCUGCGCUUAGUAUCACGUGGAUGGUCUACGAAAAGGCAAAGUACGUGCUGGACCUCAAGUAG